GGGGCCCCGUGGCGGCCGUUCGAGGACGGCGGCGUCGGCGGCGAGGCGUGGGCCCGCGGCGUGCUCCGGAACGCCCAGCCGGGCCUGUCGCUGCGGGGGCUGCCGGACGCCGCGACGUGCAACGCGCUGGCCAAGGCACAGGGGCGCGGCGUCAGGACGGUGCACGAGGCGCCGGAGGACAUACCGCCGCCGCUCCUGGGCGGCGACAGCGAGGAGGACGGGGCCGUCACCCGAGGCAUCGCGCUGCGGUACCAGUUCGAGGCCCUGCUGAACGAAGUGCGCUACCCUCCGAGCGCCCUGCAGUGCAGCUGGCGGCUCCCGCCGGCGGGGCACCCCGUGCCCGAGGACCUCGUUGACGACGUCCCCCCGCGACCCUUCGAGCUCCGGAGCAACGCGGACAGCGCCCCGGCGCCUCAGCCGCCGCACUUCGCGCAGCACCCCCUGCGCCCAGAGCAGCUCAAGAGCCUGGGCUGGAUGCUGGAGCAGGAGUGCGGUCGUGGCCUGGGCCCGUUCCAGGUCGAGUGGCGGCGCUACUGGACCACCAAGCCGGAGGAGAUCGACGAGAACGCGUGCAUGAGCUUGGUGUCCCGCGGCAUGCGGGUGUCGAUUACGCCCGCACGAUGCCUCAAGAACAGUCCCCAGGAGAAGACGGUGUAUAGGGAGGUCUGCGGUCACUGUCUCGUCGCCUUCUGGUGA